GUGAGUGCAAAGAAAAGAAGCUCCAUCACAUCAAAAGACGAAGAAAAAGUGCUCGCACCAGACGAAAAACAGCGCAGCGCAACGAACAAUCUCUGUCGGUAAUUACGUUCCAUCUUAAUUUCCUGGUUUUCGGAUCGGAAUCAUCGACCUGUCCACGUUCAGCAGCAGUGUGUAGUUUCGGUGCAGAACCUGCCGUUCACGUUUGCUCGCUUUGUUGUCCGGAUUCCAAGUUCCCAGCGCCAGCUGCCGAUCGAUCGAUUUCCUCCCUCCGGCCUAUCAACACACGACAGCAGAAAAAGCCGAUUCGGAGAAAUGUCCCCGUCACAGUUGCGGAAUGUGGUGCUGGCGUUUGCCGUGAUAGCGGUUUCCUGCCUGAUGGUCAACACCAGCGGACAGCAGAACGGUGCCGAUGAAUUGCCGGUGAUUCCGGAAACAUCGACGCUAGCUCCGGAUGCCAAUACUACAACCCCGUCGCCCACAACCACCAGCACCACGGAAAUAACGACGACAACGAAGGCCGCGGACAUCAACACUACCAGUUCGACGACAACCACCAGCACCACGCCUGCCUCUACAACCACUUCGACGACCGUCACACCGAUUCCGGACAAUACCACAACCACCACCACUACCACCGCCCCGCCCACGCCGUCGCCCACUCCGGACAACCACAACACAACAACUACCAGCACCACCCCGGCCCCAUCCCCGACUCCGACCCCAACCCCAACCCCAGCUCCGACGCCUUCGCCGGCUCCCACUCCUGUGCCCCACUGCAAGCGCUUCGACGGUUAUUCGUUCUUUGGCGGAAUGAUCCUGGCGUACGGAUCCCUCGCAAUCGCUCUGGUCCUGUGGAAGUUCUACAAGGCCCGCACCGAACGGAACUACCACACACUGUAAAGAGGUAUUUCUGCUUCACCUCUCGAUUAGACCAAAAAUGAUGAUUUUUUUUUUCCCCCGAGGACAAAGUUCAGUACCCAGCUGAUGUGAAUUUAUCCUUUUGCUUUUAAUUUUACCUACUUACUUCUAUCGAAUUGAUCUAACUACUUACUUUUUUUUAAUUUUCGAUUUCUCUUCAACAAGAUUUGCUCAAAAAGAGGAAGAAGAGUUUGUAACUGAAGAAUCUCGUUCCGUGACAGCGGGGUUAAAUAAGACGAUAGUUAUAGGCGCUUCGAGGAAUCUUUAGAUUUUUACUGAUCGAAAAUAAACGUGCAAAGAGUAUAUGUACCUACCGUUCUCUCGCUCUAUUUUCAGUCUUUCUGCACACGCGCUUAAGCAUGUAAAUGGAAGCCGUGCUAACUUCAGCAACUGAUUCGUUUUUCAAAUAUCUUCUCGAAGAGGCAAGUCUUCGAAUGGAAUUCUUCAUUGGUAAAAAGAAUGAGCAAAUUAGACUGGUUCAAAAUCGUUUUAAAUCUCCUUCGUUCUCCACUCUGCCUUGCAAACGAAUCCAGUGAGAUUAAUCUACCUUUGUUUGGAAUGAAAAAAAAAAUAAUUUCAUCUCACGGAGAAACAAACAACUAGAACAGAUAAAAAAAAAGUAACAAUCAGCAUUUACCGAAAGAACUAACUUUGUGUCAUAAACCAAAACUACGCAAAAAUUCUACUUAGGUAGAUUUGUAGCAUUAAAUGUGAGAAGCGAGCUCCAAAAUCACCAUUCUGUAAAUAAGUUGACGCAGGAAACACGAAAAUCUCCUUAACUGUUUGCUUGAUGGCUGUUUUGAUCGCAGCUAUGUUCGAAUACCUUAUAUAGAAUGCAAACGCAAGAUUGAAGGAUAGGCAAAGAACCAGCUUAACAAAAAUAUAUUUUAAAAUUUAAAGAACAUUGACGAGGAAACAUUGAAAAUACGUGCUAUAUGAAAACGAGGAAAAGCAAAUAAGAAGAGUUACACUAAAAGUCUGAUGAAUAUCCUAUCUUUUAGAAUGCGUGGGAAGUGAUUAAAUGCAGUUAAACAAUACACACAAACACACUAACAUACAUACAUAUAAACGCAUGAACCCAAACAUAUACAAAUCUAAUGUGGAGGAAAUGGAUGGAAAGUGCUCUUAACAAAUACAAAGAAAAAAGAUGUGAAUGUUUACCACUCAAAAUCGUAAAAAAGUAAAAACAAAAAAACAGCAUCUCGGUGUGCAACAGUAAAAAAAAAACAAAAAAAAAAAUAAA